CUAAGGAAGGGUAGUGCUGUUAACCGUCGAGAAACAGGGAAAUGUCAUGAAUUGAUUUAGAUUUUAAAAUGUUACUUCUCUAUUAUAUUUAAACAAAACCAGUUCGUGAGCUUAUUAUUUUUUAUAAUAACGUUUCGUUGUCGUGAAGCUGCUCUGCAGCGGUCGGGCUCCAGUCCCGGCUCGGGCUGUCCACUAGCAUUCUAGCUAGCUCCGGUCCUGCUGCCGCUCCGUGCUCCCAGGAUGGCCCGCAGGGACACUCCCGAGCUCCCGGACUUCUCUCUGCUGAAGCGGCUGGCACGAGACCAGCUGGUUUACCUACUGGAACAGCUGCCAGGAAAGAAAGACCUCUUCAUCGAGUCGGACCUGAUGAGUCCUCUGGACCGGAUCGCGAAUGUAUCGACCCUGAAGCAACAUGACGUUGUCAAACUUUACAAAGUGGAGUACAAGCCAACAGUGAGCCUGUCCGAUCAGCUCUGCUUUCUGAUCAGACCCAGAAUCCAGACAGUGAAGUGGAUUUGUGACGUGGUCAAUGCAGACAAAGCAGCAGGAAGGUUCAGAAGAUACAAGAUCAUCUUCACUCCUCAGAGGUUCUUUGCGUGUGAGGCGGUGCUGGAGGAGCAGGGUGUCUUUGGCGACGUGACCACUGACGAGUGGGCCUUCUACCUCCUCCCCCUGGACGAUGACAUCUUAAGUAUGGAGCUGCCUGAGUUCUUUCAUGACAAUUUUCUGGCAGGAGACCAGCGGUGGCUGAGAACAGUAGGGGGCGCUCUGCACCUCCUCCACUCUGUCUACGGCCCGUUCUCCAAGCUGUACGGGAUUGGCUCCUGUUCUAAGAUGACGUACGAGUCGUGGAGGGAGCAGGUGGAGCAGGGGGAAAAACAAGUUCGCCCCGCUGAGAUUGGGAGCGUUUUUCUGAUUGACCGAGACGUGGACUUCGUCACUCCUCUGUGCUCACAGGUGGUGUACGAAGGGCUGCUGGACGACAUUUUUCGGAUCAAGUGUGGAUGCGUGGAGUUUGGUCCAGAUGUCACCUCCUCUGACAAAAGUGUCAAGGUCAUGCUAAACUCCCAGGAUAAGGUCUUCAAUGAAAUCCGAAAUGAGCAUUUCUCCAACGUCUUUGGUUUUCUCAGCCAGAAGGCCAGGAACCUGCAGACUGCAUACGACAGGCGUCAGGGGAUGGACAUCAAGCAGAUGAAAACGUUUGUGUCCGAGGAGCUCAAAGGACUGAAGCAGGAGCACCGGCUGCUCAGCCUGCACAUCGGUGCUAGUGAGUCGAUAAUGAAGAAGAAGACAAAGCAGGACUUCCAAGAGCUGCUGCAGAAAGAACACUGUUUACUUGAAGGCUUUGAAAUCCGUGAAAGCAUUUCUUUCAUAGAGGAGCACAUCAGCAGACAGAUCUCCAUGAUCGAAAGCUUGCGGAUGCUCUGUCUUCUGUCCAUCACAGAGAACGGACUCCUGCCCAAGGACUAUCGCUCUUUAAAGACACAGUAUCUUCAGAGUUAUGGGUUUGACCACCUGCUCACAUUCUCCAACCUGAGGCAGCUGGGGCUGCUGAUGGAGCAGCAGGGGGCGGAGACUCUCACCGCCAUGGAGAGCAAAGUGGGAAAGCUGGUCAACGACAAAACGGCAGGAAAGAUCACUGACGCCUUCUCCUCUCUGGCUAAGAGGAGUCAUUUUCGAGCUCUGAGCCGGAAGCUGAACUUGGUGCCAAAGUCAGAUGAGGAAUAUGACCUGCGUGUCCCUAAAGACAUGGCUUACAUUUUCAGCGGCGCCUACGUCCCUCUGAGCUGUAAACUCAUUGAACAGGUGCUGGAGAGAGACGGGUGGGUGGGGCUUGAAGAAGUCACCAGGCUCCUGAAUGGCCAUGAAUUUGCUGUGACAGGCGGCAGCAGAGCUGAAGCCAGCAGCGAUGCCCAGCGCCUGGUUCUGGUCAUGUUCCUUGGAGGAUGUACCUUUUCAGAAAUUUCAGCACUACGCUUCCUGGGCAGAGCGAAAGGCUAUAAAUUCAUUGUUGUCACAACCGCAGUGACUAACAGCUCUAGACUUUUGGAGGCUCUACUGGGAAACCGUGUGUGACUCCAUGCUCAGCCCGUCCAGUCCUGAUGUACCUGCACAUCUCCUGGAUCUGCUGAUCCUCCCAGAUCUGUGGAUCCGUGUGGGUCUGUUUGCGUCAAACUACAGAUAAAAUAAAGUCCACUGGAUUUUAAACCCAUGUCUUGGUUCAAACCAUCAUCUGUAUUGAAGUAUGGAUAUUUAAUACCUAUUUUAUGGUCUAAGACUGAAUGUCUUAUAAAUGUUUUAACUGUAAGUUGGAGUAUAAUGUGAAACAGGAAAACACAACUUUUUGUUUGAAUGUCAGGAACUACUUUUUCUUCCGCCUGUGAAAGUAAUGUUGGACAUAGUCACAGGAAUCAGGAGUUUAAUUUGGAGAUUUAUUUUAGCUGACAGGAUUCACAUCUGAUGUGGUCAAGUGGAAAAACAAUAAACUAACUUGCUUUCUUUAA